AAAUAUUCCAUUAUUAUUAGACGGUCGGAUUAUCUCUCCCAUCUCUCUGUUCCUGUCCUGUCUGAAUCCCGGAAUUGUCCGAAAAUUGACACUCUCCGGUGUAAUCUUCUAAGAAAGGAAGCGAAUUUUUGGAAUCGAGAGAUUUGGCGUUGAUGGCGGCGAGCGCGAAUCCGCCGGGGAACAAUCAGGAAGGUUCGUCGGCGGCGCAGAAGGUGUCUCCGGCGGCGAAUGGAGCUGCUGUAAAUUCGGUGGAUAAUGGUGGCAAUACGACGGUGGAUAAUUCAGAGACGAUAAGCGCGUUGAGGCAUAAUCCAGGGAUCUCUGUUGAUUGGACUCAUGAGGAGCAAUCUUUAUUGGAAGAUUUGCUCGCAAAGUACGCCUCAGAGCCAACGAUUGUUCGUUAUGCCAAGAUUGCAAUGAAAAUGAAGGAUAAAACUGUUAGAGAUGUUGCUUUGCGUUGUAGAUGGAUGACUAAAAAAGAAAAUGGAAAGCGUAGGAAAGAAGAUCAUUCCUCAAGGAAGAGCAAAGAUAAGAAAGAAAAGACAACAGAUUCUUCAGCCAAGUCCUCAUCUCAUAUGAAUGUGCAUCCGAAUGGUCCUUCAUAUGCUCCUCCUAUGAUGCCUCUAGAUACUGAUGAUGGCAUUUCAUAUAAAGCUAUUGGUGGUGUGAGUGGAGAUCUUCUCGAACAAAAUGCUCAGAUGUUCAACCAAGUUUCCACAAACUUCUCAGCUUUCCAGAUACAUGAGAACGUUAAUAUUUUGUGCAAAGCUAGGGACAACAUCCUCUCAAUCUUGAACGACUUGAAUGACAUGCCAGAGGUUAUGAAGCAGAUGCCACCACUUCCUGUGAAGGUGAACGAAGAGCUGGCUAACUCAAUCCUCCCUCGCCCGCCUCAUCAAAAGAAGUCUUGAUGGAUCUUAUAGAGUCAUAUAUGGUUUGGUUCUGACGAAAAAAGUACUCUCUCCACACCAGGAUCAAUGAAGAUAGGAUGGUGGUUUUCUACUUACUCAUAGAGUUACUACUAGUCUGUCUCUUUUGCAGUUUCAGUCGUCUCUGGAUGGUUUUUUUAGCAAAUGGUGAUUUGAUACAUGUGAGUAGAGUUGUACUGUCGUUUAGGAUGUGAAUAGAUUUCUACUGUUAUGGUUAAAGUCUGUGUAAAUUUGGUUUCAAACUAAAAAGUUUGAGAUCUAUCCUACAGAUGGUGCUGAGUUGUUAAAUGUUAAGUGUAGAAGGAAACGAAUGUACUCAUUAUUUCUUGUAAUAAUAAAGCUGAAUGUUCUGUA